AUGAUGAGAAUAAAUGUUAAGAGAAAAAAACCUAAUGAAUUAUUUGAGCAGUGGCUAGAAGAAUGGAGAGAUCAGGCAAAAAUAAAAAAGUCUAACUUAGAAGAUCAUUUUUCAAGAGCUUUAGUGUCAUUAAAAAAAUACCCGCUACCGCUGGCUUCUGGAGCUGAUUGUAUUUUAUUGCAGAAUUUUGGCUUUAAAUUAUGCAAGAUGUUGGACAAAAAAUUGGAAGAACAUUCUGGUACGGACAAAAUUUCUAGUCAAGAUAAAAUAGACAAAGUAAUUCCUAGGAAAGAAAAAUGUCCUGAACCGGCAAAACCUAGAGCUAAAAAGAAACCAGCGAAGCAACUGAAACUGUUUGAAGAGCUAGAAAAGCCGGAGACUUCAAGUGCAAUUGAUAAUUUUUCUAUGCUACCCCAGACUUUUGAUGUUAUUUUGUUGGUGGAUAAUAAUGAGAAAAUUACAAGUUGUUCUUUGGAUAAAAAUAGUGGGAAGGUACUGUAUGAAGUGAGACAUCUCAAGGUUGGAGACUUUGCCUGGAUUGCUAGGUGUCGAGAGACUAAGAAGGAGUUGGAUAAACAUUUAGAGAAGUGUUCUAAAGAAAAUAUUCCUUCUUGUUGUCUGUCGGAUGACAAGAUAUUUCUGAUGGAAUUUACCGAAUUCAAUCAGUCUUCUUCAAAAUCAAAGAUCCACAGUGUGAAAGAAAUGUUUGUGCGUCAAUUACUUCAAUUAAAAGGUCUGUCAGUAGAACGAGCUCUCGCAAUUGUUCAAGUUUACCCAACUCCAUAUUUAUUGAAGGAAGCAUUCACCAAAGCGGGUACUGACGGCGACAAACUAUUAGCAAAUUUAACAUUCGGACGAGUAGGUCGUAAAAUGGGGCCAGUAUUAUCGCAAAUAUUAUAUAAAUUAUAUACCAGUGAUCAACUUGAGUAG